CAACAGAAUUUUGCCGCCAUGAUGGAUUUUCAAAAUACGCAUUCAAAAACAAAAUCCUUUCAGAAUGAUUGAAAAACGAUGAAAAUAUCCGACAAAAUGUACGACAUGCGUUAGAAAAACUACUAUUUAUCAACAUCAUUGUGUUACUUGUGAGGCUCUGUAGGAGUGGUGACGGGAAACUCGAUUCGAACUUUACCUCAUCUUGGAAGUUGGAAGCAAACAGGGUCAGGAUGAGUAAGUCGUUUCGAGCUCGCCAGCUGGAUUCUAACAAACCGUUGCCCGUUUAUCGGGUCGAGGAGCUGCCAGAUUUGACUGAAUUGUCUACAAUUAAUCGCGCAGUGCCUCAGAUGCCGACGGGAAUGGAGAAAGAAGAGGAAACCGAGCACCAUCUUCAACGAGCUAUAUCAGCACAGCAGGUGUAUGGUGACAAACAACAACUUGUCAUUCCUACUCCUGAAACAAAGCCAGUUGAUGUUGAUACCUCGCUCAUUGAUGACAAUGAAGGCGAUUUCAAAAUGCCAAAGCAGUAUAUCCAUAUACAAGCCCUUGGUGUUGAAGAUGAACAGCCUGAGUAUGACAUGGAUGAAGAGGACUCGGAAUGGUUGGCUAACUUCAACAAUGACAAGGAGAAGGUGUCAAGUGAAAAGUUUGAACAAUUAAUUGAUAAACUGGAGAAAGGUUCUGGAAAUGAGGUGUUGUCGUUAACUGCUGCAAAAGCUCUGAUAAAGGAUGAAGAAUAUUUAGAACCUGUUUACAACUAUUGGGUGAAAAAACAUGGCAGAAGUUGUAUGAAUGGUUUAAUUCUUACACUCAGAUCAGAGAAAAAGGAUGCACAAUCGCCAAAUGAUCCAUACAUAGCAUUCAGGAGAAGGAUUGAGAAGAUGCAAACAAGGAAGAACCGGAAGAAUGAAGAAUUGUCAUAUGAGAAAAUGUUGAAGCUACGGAGAGAUUUAAAUACAGCGUGCACUAUCCUUGACAUGGUGAAACGACGGGAACAAAAUAAGAAGGAUGUCUUGAAAAUUACAGUGGAUGUUUUUGAUUUCCGGUAUAAAUCAGGAGACUUUACGGGACAGUUGAUGACUCAAUGUCUAGAAUUGUUGAAGAUUCAAGAAAGCAAUAACGUUCCAAUGUUUGGGGCAGCUACAACUGCCACUGGCAGUCGAGUUACACCAGGAUCGGAAACACACGACAAGGAUGAACGGACGGAAGAUGCUAAAGUAUUCAGAAGAGGCGAUAUUUUGGCUGAGUUGAAGCGAAAACAAAGACUUGGACCCCAAAAUAUUGGCAGUCCUUACAACCAGCCCGACCUUCCUUCGGAACCCGAGGACGAUGUUGAUGAAUUGGACGGUAUUUAUGCGUUUAAAAGAAGACGUGGUUGUCGAUAUUUAGCGCCCAAACUUGAAAAUAACUGGCCUUGGGAGUAUCCUGGUCAUCCUCGAUACAGAUAUUCCUUAACGUCGUUGUCAAGACCAUCCAGAUUACUCGGCUACGCAAGAAGGAGAGUGGGGAGAGGUGGCAGAGUGCUAAUUGACCGAGCAAGUUCUUCAUUAGAUAGUCGACUGGAAGAACUUGGUUCAUUUCUUGAUUCAUCGAUGUCUUUAAGGAACAGUUUUCAUGAGUCAGAUCAUUAUAAAGAUGAACUGAAACCAACAAGUUGGAGACAUUAUCGACCACGCAAUCUCCGACUUGUGCCUACGUCUUUGGACAGUGCGUUAGGAAUCACAAGCGCAACGGAUGAGGGGAUACAUGAAAUAGAAAAAGGAGAAUCACAACACGAUAUUAUGCAUGAUGCACAAGACUAUAGACCAAGGGCCAAAGUUAGACGGACAUUCUCUACACAACCGACUUCAAAAUUUACGCUAAAUUCUGGUCUAUCAAAUGGUGUGACAUCUUCUCAGAACUCUAAACUCACGAACCCUUUAACACCUGUUGAACGUGAUAAAAGCGAUGGAAUUACAAAUGGACCUACGGUUAAUAAUAAUAAUUCUACUCAACUUUGGAAUGGAACAACUAAUGUCUCGACGAACAGGAAUACAUUUUCUACGGCUCCUAUGAAGGCAGUUUACGCACUUAACUUUCCAUUGCCGUCUACAAACAGUAACUUCUCAAAUAAUCUACUUAAAGGAAACAAUAAAUAUGGCUCUAUUACCGCAUCUCGUCAUCCUGUUACAUCACGGCAUUCAUCUAUUCAUCGUCUUAGUCAACCAAAUACCCCUCUUAGUAGAAGUAAUUCUAUGGACGACACGUUGGUAAAUAUAGUACAACAACCAACGAUGCUGGUAACCACGGCCAUGGUCAACGGUGCUGGGGUAAAAGGUCAAGAUAUCACGUGACAUCAACACAUUGCAAUUCUGAUAAAUAUAAUGUACAUGAUACCAUCCAUUACCCGCAUACAAGUAUAUUGCGAAAUGUCCGAAGUAACUUCCCAGUCGUAGAACCAUAACUUCUCAAGUCUACAAGAUCAAUGCAAUCUGGUCCCAUAUUUUCAUUCAAUACCACACACUUAAAGUUUAUACCUACAAAUUUGACUGGCGUUAAACCUCUAGUUAUAACCAUCCUAUAUUUACCCAAAUGUCUAUGUAUGAUGAAUCGAUGUAUGAUGGUAGAGCAGAACUGUCCAGAGCUUUAGAUAUUGGCCCAGAAACAUCAGCAGUCUAACUUCGAGGUGGCUCUCUUGUGAUAUCGUGUAAUCACUUCGUGUUGCCUUGCCGUAAGCAAGAGAACAAGGCAGAGUUGAUGAUCUUAAUUGAAAUCAAUGUCGUAUUUUACCUGAAGUGAACAUUGUCUUUCAGAUGGGGUAUUUUUAAAUGAACGUUUCAUUUUACGUUAAAGUGGAUGAAGUAUUUGGAUUCUUUCAACUUUUACCAAUCCUAAUCUCUGUUUCUAAGUUCUCUCCAUGGAACACAAGCUAUACAUCACUGUCAAAGAUAACAAGAUGAAGGAAAGCCCGCAUCUCUGACCUAUACAUGUAGUCGUCAUUUGCACUGACUGCCGAAUGUCUCUUGCUGUACAUUUAUCUCUAUAUUUAUCCGUUGAUCACAAGACACUUCUGCGUGAUGGUGGUUGACAUUUCACUACAGUCUACAGUUGCUUUGAAGCUUUUAUAUAUUGGGAGAGCAAUAAUGCAUCAUGGUGAGCACAUUUUCUUGGGAUUAUCAUUGACCUCAAGUUACUUCGGGUCCACUGCAAACUAGAAAACCAGAUAUGGCUACUAUAAAUAAAUAUUUAUCUAUACGUAAGUACAAAAUCGGAAAGUAAAUUUCAGAUGUCACCUUGAUUGCGGUCUCUAAUGAGCAGCUUUUAGUUAGGAUGAAAGAGCUGCAAUCACGCACAACCAUCCAAUUUAGAUUAACUAAUAUUUAGCUACAAAAGAGCUAGUGAAAAGAUUAUAAGACCUGUACUAGUACUUGAAUAUAACAUGCAAACAGAUCCAGACUCGACUUUUUAGAUUGUUGACAUGCAUGUGAUAAGGAUUUUAAUUCUAUAUAUAAGACAUUUUGACAAACGCGAUUUCUCCAAAAUAACCUGUUUAAAGUAAGCCAAUAUUGUUGGUUAAAUUUUUUCAUCCAACAUUGUUUGACAGUGUUGACCUAAACGAGCCUGGAUGUAUUUGUCGGUUGAAGACACGAUAGUGUUCUUGUAAAAUCCAAUCAGAGAGUAUUUUAAGAUUUGCUUGUUAUAUCGUAUAAUCUAUGUAAUUGUAAAACUCUUCAUAUUUAUUCGAAGUAAAAACAGAGUCGCUCGGAAUAAUACGUUUUACGUAAAGCCAGUAUAUGACGACUGCAGUAUUUAUUUUUCUAAACGAUUUUAGCGUGACAACAUUAAUUCUGCUAUAAUAUUUUUCGCAAUGACAGAUCAAUAGACAUUGUAUCAAUAUGAUGGCGUUUCCUUACAAUGGCAAUGCUUAUAAAUAUUAACUACCAUGCAGAGAUCUUCGCUUGUUUCGCGAAAGGGAAAACACGUUCUCCCAAUCUUAAAGUGAUUACGAACCACUGUGUCAGGUGAAGAGGGUUCUAGCUAUCCCUAUAGAAAAAAUUCUGAUUAAGCCAGAACGAAAUAAACAACUACAUAGUCGUAGCGUCAAGGGAAUCUUAAAAUAAGUGAACUUAAAAUAUGGAGUUAUAACCACUCUUUCUACAAUUUACAACAUUUCGCAGCAACAAUUAUAGCAAUUGUACUCGUUCUAAUAUGCUCUUUCUGUGUUAUUUCAUUAUUUGUCUAAAAACAAAAUGUAAUUUUAGCUAUAAUUGUGAGGAAACGCCUUCAUGCAAAACUGAACUGAGUCUGAAGAAUGCGCAAUUAUCUUGAAAGUCUUAUAGGUAUAGAGUAACUAGAACUAUCAAGUAGAACGGUUAAAUUUUGUGUAGAUUUGAUUGUCUAUAUUGAAUUAUAUGUAAAUAUGUAGGAAAUGUUUGAAUAUUUGUACAGCAGCUCAUACGUUGUUCUAUCUAGGUGUUUUGUAAAAAAUUCAUGUCGUAAUUGUGAUACCAGCCACGAAUUAUAAA